UCUUCUCUCUUUUUUUCUUUCUUCUUACAGUGGAGAGAGAUGGAAAACAGAACGAUGAAAGCGAUUCUACUUGACGAAUCUGUGCUCUUCAAUCCCGUGAGUGAGGAUUCGACGCCGCGACUUCGAGAAUCAGUGCCGUCUCUUCUCCGGCUGCUUCGUUAUUCCAUGAUCCGAACGGGGUUAUCAUAUGGGCUUCAUCUUCCGGAAAAUAAGGCGGAUUUACUGAGAAAAACGGCAGCUGAAUACUCCAUCGAUUGCUUACCUUUAGAGACAAGUGUUUCCUUAACGGAUGCACUCAAAGCAUGGUAUAAUGACGGCCGUAUUCUGUAUGUUGCGUCAAGUAAAAAAGAAGAGAUACUGCGUGAACUAAGUCCCAGCCAGAUAGUUAUUGUACUCGAAGACGAUUUAUGUGAGGAUCCUAACAUGCUUCAUAUCCGUAGCCUUGAAGAGCUGCCAAUGGCUAUUUGCUGCAUUAACAAGAAGGCAAUGGGUGACGGUGCUGCAAUAGUUGCUUACAUCAUGAAGCCAUCCCGGGUAGAGGACUUUGCCAAGAGGGGUGCUUUACCCAUGUAUCCUUCUUCGAAUGGGUUGAUAUUUCUACCCCUCAUGUUUGAGUUCCCUCUUUCAUCUCAACUCAAGCAUGCUGAUAUCAUUUUCCACAAAGCAACUGAUGAAAUCUUGUCCAUUCAACUGAACUGCUCCGACUCAAGAUCAGCUGUUGCAGUUAAAUUCUCUACCGGCAUGGAGGAACUGCGAAAGUAUAUGGAAAAUCAAAACUCUUAUGCUGUAGUCGACCCUCUUCAACAUAUAUAUCCUGUCCUGGACCGACUCAAGAUGCAACAUAUUCUUCUUGGAUUAGAGGACCUUACCGCAGCAGGACGAAAUAUAAGAGGCGCUUGUUUUCUCAAGAUUGACAGCUAUAAUGAACCGGAUCUGGCUCAAAACUUGUCUAGAGCUGGACUCUCUCUUCCAUGUAUUGUGAAACCUCAGGUUGCCUGUGGUGUUGCUGAUGCUCACAGCAUGGCCAUUGUCUUCCGAGUCGAGGAUUUUAAGGAUUUGAACACCCCUGUUCCUGCGAUUAUUCAAGAGUAUGUGGACCAUUCAUCCAGGAUCUUCAAGUUUUACGUCUUGGGGGAAAAGAUCUUCUACGCCGUCAAGAAAUCUAUCCCUAGUUCUUCCACUCUGAAGAAAUCAGCCGAAGAAAACGGUCUCCGACCAAUUCUCUUUGACAGCUUAAAAUCUUUACCAGUUGGCUCCGCAAACCAGGACCCGAUUGAUGAGAUUCAUAUAGAACUAGUUACAGAAGCAGCUAAGUGGCUUAGAAAGAAGCUUGAUCUCACAAUCUUCGGAUUUGACGUGGUUAUUCAAGAAGGAACAGGAGAUCACGUGAUAGUAGACUUGAACUACUUACCGUCGUUUAAAGAAGUCCCCGAUAACAUCGCAGUUCCUUCAUUCUGGGCAGCCAUCAGAAACAGGUUCGACCAACAUGUUCAAGAGCAUUCAAUGGGAAGCUCCUCUGUCUGAUUUUUGUUUUUGAAUGAUGAGCAGACCUGUUGCUGCUUUAUGCUUACCAAUAAUUGUACAAACCAAAAAAAUGUUAUCGAAUUUGUAAUUUUAAGGACCAGCGAGUGAAAGUCUGUGCUGUGUCCUAUUGUCGAUAAGAGCAAAAAAGCGCCC